AACAAAUCGAGAGUGGUGUCCCUUGCCAAGUACCGUCGCUGCCCCAGACAGUAGACAAAACGUCAACAAUCAACGCAAGACAAGAGUUUCAAUUGGGACCCGCGAAGGUGGCUCAACUCAAACUCCAAUUUCAGCUUUUCUCUCGGAUGUCCAACCCGUGAGCGUACUCAAGGGUCUCUAUGUCUUGUUGCUAGCAGUCAUGAAAAACAAUCACUUUUGCUGUGGCAUAUUGAUCGUCAUUUUGUUUGCAAAACUGUUUCCCAGUAUCGGCAACGCCGGCGGUAUUCUGAAACCAGAAAUUACUGUCAAGUAUAUUGCGGUCUCCGUCAUCUUCCUCAACAGUGGACUGACUUUACCUACUGAGGAACUCAAAACUGCGAUUUUCCAAUGGCAGCUUCAUUUGCUCGUCCAAGGCUUUACUUUUGUCGUAUUUCCACUGAUCGUGUAUGGCCUUGUAUCAGUUCUUCAAUACACAUUCCUUCAUCCAGCCUUGCUGGAGGGAAUGACAAUUCUGAGCACGAUGCCUCCCCCUGUGUCUUCAGCCAUCAUUCUGACGAAGUCUGUGGGUGGCAAUGAGGCUGCCGCUGUCUUCAAUUCUGCAUUUGGGAGUAUGUUGGGGAUCUUUGUCACUCCGUCUCUCAUUCUGUUAUUGCUGGGCUCCUCCAAUGUGCAAGUUCCUACACAAAAAAUUUUCCAGCAGCUCUUCACCACGGUAGUUCUCCCCCUUAUCAUCGGCCAGAUCAUCCGCAACUCUCAAUACCGCUGGCUCCAGAGGCAGAGGAUUCCGUUCAGGACCAUUGGACACGUGCUCAUCUUGUUCAUCAUCUACACGACAUUCUGUGCCACCUUCUCCCGCACGGACAUCCAGAUGGACACUCUGUCUCUGCUCUCCACCAUUGUGUUAAUUUUUUGCCUGCAGUUGAGCUUCAUGUGUUUCCUCCUGUUGUUUAGUUCUCAUUCCAUGUUCAGUUUCACGUCCAAUGACUCGGUGACCAUUACAUACUGUGGGACGCACAAGUCUCUCACUUUGGGUAUCCCGGUGAUUGAGAUCAUCUUCGAGGGCGACCCCAAUAUCAGCUUCCUGUCUGUGCCCCUGUUGGUGUACAACCCCAUGCAGAUAGUCCUGGGUGGGAUGUCCAUUUCACUGUUCAGGCAGUGGCUCAUAGACCAGAAGACCAAGCGACGCCGACGCUCUGGUUGAAUGAGAGUGAGAGAGUGAGGAAACCACCAUUUCACUGGUAUCACGUGUAACCAUCUUGUGAUCUCACAAAUUGGAAUCGUUCUCCUGAUGUUGACUUUGGAUUUAGUGACACAUAGAGAAAGAGAGAGAGAGGGGGGAGGACAGAGAGUCUGAGAGAGACGGCGAAGAUGGAGGGAGAGGGUGAGAGAGGGGGGAACUUGAUUGAUGGUCAGCGAUUUCAUGUUCAUUCGUUGGUUGUUUCAGAUUUAGUGACAGAGACUUGAGUAAUGAUGAUGCUCCAAGACUAAGAUUUUGUGUUUUUCUGAUGUUGACAAAAGACAUAGGCUUCUCUGUAAUAAAAAUAAAAUGAAUAUUUAGUGACUGGGAUUUGAUUACUGCUCUGCCAUCAUUCCGUGUUCUUCACAUGGUGACCAUAGAUGUACUGACAUGGACUUGAUUGAUGCUUUUUACAGACUCUACCAUUCUGUGUUCUUCCACUGGUGACGUAAGAUUUAUUAAGUGACUUCGACUUAAUUGAUACUUUACGGACUCUACCGUCCUGUGUUCUUCACUCGGUGACAAUAAAAGUAUUUAAUGACAUUGACAUGGACUUAAUUGAUGCUGUAUGGACUGGACCAUUCCAUGUGCUUCCAGUGGUGACUGUAGGUUAGUGACAAGGACCUAAUGCAGGCUAAUGCUGGUCUUUGAUUCCAUUUUCUUUUGGUUGUGUCUUCAGAUUUUGCAACCGACUUGACUGAUGCUUUACAAUUUACAGACUCUGCCAUUCCAUGCUCUGUUGGAGGCAUUGACAAUCUAGAUAUUAUAUAUCAUGUGAUUAACCUUUUUGCCAUUUCAUGUUCUGUUCAUGGUGACUUGGGAUUAAGUUUCAGAUUUCAACUUGUGAUGCGAUGCUCAACUUUGCCAUGUACUUCUGUUCACAAUGGUCAGAAUCUAAUGACUAAUGUUUUGGACUUGGCUCAAACUGUUGUAUUUUUAGCAGGGUUCACACAAAGUACUGUCAGACCUCGUUUUACAGCCCCCCUUUAUUAUACCGCCAGCCCCACUUACCACCAGGUUUUGCCAAAACAUGAAAAGGGAUGCCUGCACUUUAACAUAGUAUAAAUAUUUGUGCCUUCACACCGCCAUCUGCCAACUGUCUGAGCUGUACGGUCCUUAUUUAACUGAUGUAAAUGUGCCCCACCAUACCGCCAGCCAACUUACCGCCAGAGGUACACAAUACACAACACCCACUGGCUGGCUACUUUAUCAUCUUUCUCCGAGAAAGACACAGCGGUAGAGAAAGAAGACUCUCGGCUCUGAAUACAUGUAUCACUGUUAUCACCAACAAAAAGACACUUUGCAAACACAUUGAACUGCAGAAUCAUGUUCCUUGACGUUUGGCAGUCUGGGUUAUGCAACAGAGAAACCCUGUUGAGCUUGAACUGCCAGCCUUGCUGUUCCGCCAACUUCAUGCUCAUCCCAAGGGCGGCGGUAUAAUGAAGUUUGACUGUAAUGUACUGUGCAUAACGUAUGUGUGUAUGUUUUGGUGUGCAUGAAAAAAGACAAUAAGAAGUGGGAUUGGAUGGGGGGGAAGGGGGGGGGGUUGCAUAUUUUGCCCCUUAUACAUUCAUUGUGUAUCAGUACGUAUGGUUGAAAAUCUUAUGAAUAAAAUAUUGAAAUGAAGCUGCAAGAGGUUAUGUAACUUGCACAAAGCGUGUGUGCAUGUGUGUGUGUAAAAGCUGAAAGUGCUUUUGAUGAGGUGGAUUGUUAUGAAUCAUGGAAGACCUCACACAGUUCUGUCAGUUCAAAACGAGUGCUGUCUUUUUAUUUUGUUGUUGUUGAAAGAUCUACUACUUUAAUGGAUUCAUUAUAGAAUCUAGUCAUUUUGUUCUUGUUCUACAUCUUACCUUUUUAUAAAGGCAAAGGAGUAUAAAAAAAUUAAAAUUAAAGAGAGCAUUCCUUACACUUA